AGCCAAUUGAUCGCGUGUUGGGUUGCCUGAUCUCGCCUUUUACAAUACUCGGGGUUUUGGUGUUGAGAGAGCGAAAGAAAUAGAUAACGGUGACGAUCAAUAAUUGGCAGUGACACCACUUCCGUUGGUGCAUUAGGUCGAGAAAACAUAUGCAACCGGGAACGCCCGAAGCGAUAUCAACCACAAUCUACUCGUACGCUACUGCCAUCCACCACCAGUCACAAGAGUCUUCCCCACAAAAUUGAUUCCCGAAGAGCCUAUCCUCACAAGCCAACAGCUGGAGGAAAUAAAUAAUAGCCAUCCAUCAUCCCGAAAUAUCGCGACACACCACCCCUCGUCAUCACCCGGGCCAUUCGCCAUCCUCCUGCUCCUCAGCACUUUGAUAAGAACCACUUCUCCUCUCUCUCCCCCCGUCGAGCCGCUCGUUCGCAAAGGCAUAGUACCGAAAGCAAAACAUCACAAUGAGCGCAUCUCAAGCCCUCCGUGCCUCAACCGCCGGACGCACCCCCCUUAUCCAGUUUCUGGGGAAGCGCUCAAUCCCUGAAUCCAUCGAUCACACUCCGCGUCCUCACCCCGCGGCAACCAAGGCGCUACCAAACUCGUUCGCCGAAUACCGCAAGAAGGCACAACAGCACGGGCCCCUGGGCGGUUACAAGGCAGCGACGGCAACCAGCAUUUCGCCCGGCAAGGGUCAGGUUUUCGACAGGAGCGAACUGCCCCCACGAUUCUGGCGCCUGACGUUGAGCAAGGAGGAAAUGGAGGUCAUCGAGAGCGGCGGGGCCGCGAUGGCAUAAUCAAUUAAUAUGCCCCUUUCUUAUUCCCUGAUACGACGACACAACAAACAUUCAUAAUUUACCUCGGUUUCUUUUUUUUCCUUUCUUUUUUUUUUUCCUUUUCCUUGUUCACCGGAAGAGCGAGAGGCGAUUGUAUGAUAUCACAAUGGGCGUGGGCUGGUGGAUGAAUCGAGCGAGUAUGUGGGUAGUGGGGUACAAUAGGGGUCAGGGUCACGGUACACGUACAACACGGUAGCAUGAACGGGCAAAUCUGGUUGCAGGACGGGGUGGGUGGAUGGAGUGACCGACCGGAUAUGGUGGCACUGUGGGAUGCUGGGAACCUAUGAAUGGUCUAGGGUCCGAAGUUACACCAAAACCCUAUCCUCUACUUUAUUACGGUAUUCACUUUCCGUCACCUUUCCUUCACAUUCGGUAUCAUGCGGUGGUUUCCUAUCAUCCUGUUUUCUUCUUCACAUUUUCCUUUUUUCCUUACAUCGGAAUGUGGAUUAUAUUUUUUUUCUUUCCCGGGAGGGGGACCGGAACUGUUGCGUCUUUUUUUCUCUGUGUCUCGGGCUUGCUGGCGGGUUACUUUUUUUUUUUUCCGGGCUCACCUGUAGGCCUUUUUACAAUUGUAUAUAUAUCAAAAAACAAAAGUUUGGGAA